AUGCCAAAAAAUGAAGACGAUGAGGUGGCGACACUCAUAGCGUUUAUGCCUUGGCUGCAGCGGGAGGAGGCUCUGAAACUGUUAAAAAACUAUGGUGGUGACGCAGAGAGCGUCAUGCGGUUUCUCGAGGAGGCAGCCUCUAGCCAAGGGGAGCCGCAAGCGUCACCAUCACCAGCGGAUCAGAGGAAGAAAACGGGAGCCAAGAAGGCGGAAGGCAAGAAAAUGACCGAAAAGUAUUUUGUUGGCGGAGGUUCGUCGUCCGGACAGGAGGUAAUUGGCGGGGAUGGAGGGGUAGAUAACGUCAUCGAGUCUCUUUUUGACAAGGCGCGUCAGCAGUUGGGUGAGGAGGGUGCUGAGGCGCAGUUCUUUUUUGGCCGUGGACGACGUCUUGGCCAUACAACGUCGGAAAGUCCGUUUAUUGAGUCCACGCUGAAACCGCGACGAGAAAUUGUGCUCACAGUGUACCGUGACAGCUAUCGUGUUGACGAUGGACCGCGAAUGCCGAAGGAAAGCGAAGAAGGCAUGGCGUUUUUCAAGGCGCUGGAGGCGGGUGUGGUGCCUGAAGGAAUUGCCGCAAUUUACCCCAACACAAGCAUUUCUGUACGACUGGUUGACUGUACCCAACAGGAUGCUCCGCCAACUUUCUUACCCUUUGCCGGGGAGGGCCACAGACUUGAUUCCAAUACGUCAACGACUGCACCAGCCGCCUCUUCUGUGGCGAAAACAGGUACGGAUGCCACUCCUGUGAAUAUGAGCGACAAUUUCGAGCUUCAUGAGGACGAGGAGGUGACAAAGCUGGCGAUUGUGAAUCUUAUUGGGGAGCGCAAAGAGUUUAGGGUAAACCCCAAUCGCCACACCGUUGGGGAUGUUUUCUUUUUGGCGGCGCGGCACGCACAACCGGGGGCGUUGGCCUUUCAACUCAUUGCCCGUGACGUCCCUCCGCGUCCAUUGACGGAUCGUUCUCUGACGAUUGACGUUGCUAAUUUGAGGAAUGCCACGGUGAUUAUGCGCCGAACUUGA